AUGUCGAGGAGUCCGGGUAGCGGAUUAUACGGAAAGGAGGUAUGGUGCUGGAUACGCACUGAGACGCUCAGCGGAGCUUGCGUUCAGGACCGAGUCGCUCGGGAAAAGCUCAUGAGGAGCUCCACGAGCCGGCUUAUAUACCCGCUCGGGAACUCCCACGCGCUGGCGGCAAACGGGAUUCCCGAACAUCCCAAAGUAAACUUCUGUAAAGUGCAAUUUAAAUACACGUACAGGCAAACCAACGCAUAUCCGUACAUUGUAUUAGAAAAUAUAUAUGUUUUCCCUAGUUCACCAAUAUUUUUUGAGAGAUCUUUCCAAGGUUUAUACGAGGAUUUAUUCUUCGUAACGAGCAGGAGAUUUGUAAAAGAUGAGGUAUUUAUAAACGCCAGGGAAGAAGCGUUUACGAAUGCCUUAUCAACGGUAGUAAAAGAAUUCGCCAAUGUUUUCUUUGGUUCCUAUCCAGUGAGCAAUUGCAGGUAA